AUGGAGCACGAGAGAAGCUUGGAUCAUUUGGGGUGGGAGUCGUCAUCUUUACAAUUCCUCCUCUAUUUCACGAAGAUGUUCUUCGAACUCGACGAUAUGUCUAUUGGCGAUAGUAGCCUGUCGGGCAAUUACUCGUCUGGAGCGUUGGUUUCGCAGCAAACAAAGGUCUCGAUGAAUGACCUUGACGAAGGGUUGCCACAAAAACCUGGUCUUGUCCCUGACUGCGGGCCACUGAUGGUUGUGAUGAAUCUCGCAAAUAGGCUCGACUUCUUCGAGCCAAUCGACGAAGCUAUUGUAAGCUUCGGUGAGACGGUCCUCGGGUUCUUCGGAUUCAAUAGGAAUAUAGCAAAUAUGAACCGCGACGUUCCUCCAAUCAAAUUCUGGAUAGAGUUGGAGGGCGUAUAUGUGAUAUACGUCGUGGUAAUCGAUGUCGAACGUGUCCUCACGAUACUUCUGGAUAAUAUCUCGGAUUAUCCAGCGAGCUUCUCCGCCCUGAUGCUUCCUUUCCUGGACGUAGUUGCAGAAGUCGCAAACCACGUGUUGGUGAAUGAACGAAAGCUUGAAUUCCGCUAUGUCAGUGCGGAUGGAUUCGAGCUUGAGUAUAAGAUGCUCGAGAUCGCGGAUGUCAUGGUCGUCAAGCUGACGACGAUAUCGUUUAGUAAGUAG